AUGGAUCCUUGUCGUCAAUCCAUAGAGACCGCAGGCGCGAAGAAGGACUACAGUGACCCUCCCCCGGCACCAUUCGUGAACGCCGGCGAGCUGGGCAAGUGGUCCCUCUACCGCGCCGUCAUCGCCGAGUUCGUUGCCACGCUGCUCUUCGUGUACGUCACGCUGGCCACCGUCAUCGGGCACAAGCGGCAGGCCGAGUCCCAGCCGUGCGGCAGCGUCGGCGUGCUGGGCAUCGCGUGGUCCUUCGGCGGCAUGAUCUUCGUGCUGGUCUACUGCACCGCCGGCAUCUCCGGCGGGCACAUCAACCCGGCGGUCACUUUCGGCCUGCUGCUGGCGCGCAAGGUGUCGCUGGUGCGCGCCGCGCUCUACGUGGUGGCGCAGUGCCUGGGCGCCAUGUGUGGCGCCGGCCUCGUCAGGGCCUUCCACGGCGCCCAUUGGUACCUUCGCUACGGCGGCGGCGCUAACGAGCUCUCUGCCGGCUACUCCAAGGGAGCCGGUCUGGCCGCCGAGAUCGUGGGCACCUUCGUCCUCGUCUACACCGUGUUCUCGGCCACCGACCCCAAGCGCAAGGUCAGGGAUUCGCACGUACCGGUCCUGACGCCGCUGCCCAUCGGAUUCGCGGUGUUCAUGGUGCACCUGGCCACCAUCCCCGUCACCGGCACGGGCAUCAAUCCGGCAAGGAGCCUGGGGCCGGCCGUUGUGUACAACCAGCGAAAGGCGUGGGACGAUCAGUGGAUAUUCUGGGUCGGCCCCCUCACCGGCGCUGCCGCCGCCAUGCUCUACCACCAGUUGGUUCUCCGCGCCGGCGCAGCCAAGGCCUUCGCAUCCUUUCGCAACAACCACCACAUCUGA